GGGAAGGAUAUGUGCCGGUCCAAAAAAAAAAAAGGAAAGGCGGUAAAGGAAAGACGCGGGAAUAUGGCGGAGAUUUCGUUGGGUCCCUUUCCCUCUCUGUUUCUCACUCUCAAUCUUCCCCAGUUUCCCUCCUCCACCAGAUCUCACUCCAUGUCGACUCUCCGCUCCCAAAACCCUAACCCUUCCUGCUCCUCCAUUCCCAAUCCCACCCCCGCCGCCCAGCCUUCCCUCCUCGUCUUCUCCGGCGGCACCGCCUUCAACGGCGUCGUCGAGGACCUCAAGACUUUCACCACCCGCGUCGCCCACGUCCUUCCCGUUUCCGACGACGGAGGCAGCACCGCCGAGAUCGUCCGCGUCCUCGGUGGUCCGGCCGUCGGAGAUAUACGGUCCAGGUGCUUGAGAUUGGCCGAUAAAAGCACCUCCGAGGCCGUCGCCGUCCGGCAAUUGCUCGGUCAUCGUUUACCGCUUGAUGCACGCCAAGCCAAAUCCGAAUGGUAUGAUAUUGUGGAAGGAGAACACUCUUUAUGGACAGGAGUUUCAAAGCCCUAUAGGGAAACCAUUCGAGCUUUUCUGGUUUAUUUUCAGAAUCAGAUUCUCCGUCGAUCUGAUGAAUCGUUUUGCUUCAGUAAUGGCAGCAUUGGGAAUUUCUUCUUUGCAGGAGCACGUGUAUUUUUUCGGUCUUUGGAUGCUGCAAUAUUUUUGUUUUCUCGAGUGUCAGAUAUCCCAUCAGAAAGUCUGGUUCUUCCAGUGAUUUCUACUAAUGACAGGCUUACAUUAGGAUGUGAAUUAUCGGAUGGAACUAUAAUACGAGGGCAGAAUGAAAUUUCUCAUCCAACCAAUGGAUAUAUGGCACUUGUCAAUAAGGGAAGCUCUUCAGCUCCUGCACUCUCUUCGAGGAUAAAGAGGGUAUUCUACAUGUCAAGUGAGGGCCAAAACUUGCUUCAUGAGGUCUUCCCUGCUCCAAACGCAGCUGUGAUGGAUCAGCUACGUAAUGUGGAUUGCAUUGUUUAUGCCAUGGGUUCUCUCUUGACUUCCGUUUGCCCAUCACUGGUAUUAACUGGCAUUGGGGAGAUAAUAUCUUCAAGGUCCUGCCCCAAGGUACUUUUGUUAAACGGUACCCAUGAUCGAGAGACAAGUGGCUUCUCAGCUUCUUGCUUUGUAACUGCUAUUACAGAUGCACUAAAUCGAACAUAUGGAGCCCCUCAUAAUUGUCUCAAAAACCUUCCGAGUCAUUAUAUCAAUACCCUAUUAGUGCCCAAAGAUGGUGAGAUACCUGUUAAUGUUCAAUGCUUAGCUGACCAAGGAAUUUUUGAAGUGAUUGUUGUUGACUCUGUACAUGAUCCAAAAGUAGGCGUGGUAUUUGACCCCAAGUCGUUAAUACAAGCCCUUGAUGAUUUGAUAGGCAGACACAUGCCUACAAAUGUUAAGGUGGUCUAAAUGACAACAUUGCAGAGAAAAUGUUCAAACCUGAGCAUAGUUUCAUGUGGCUUUUAUUCACAGUUUCAUGACUGUUGAGGAAUACUUAUCUGCUUUAAUUGUUAAUUGAUCUUCACUUGCAAGCAGCAAAUUUGGUACUUUUAUCCGAAAGGUUGCAGACUCAAUUCAAUUGAACUGCAUCAAGUUUAUGAUCAAAAGAUCAGAGAAUGCAGUACCUCUCACGAGAUGUUUUUAGAUGCUGUACAGAAUUGAGUUUGAUAUUUAUGAACUGGAAAAGAUAGAAAAUGUCUGUCACUGCAAUCAUAUGAUUAUGCUUGAGGAAAUUGAUUCUUAUGUAUAGAAAACAUUUCUGUG